CGCGGCCAGCAGGACCCCGUGGAGGACGACGAGGGUGGCCCAGACCGUCCCCCGGCAGUCGGCUCAGGACAGCAAUGACAGCAGCAGCUCCAGCAGCGACGAGGCGGAACCGCAGCCGCUGCCGCAGGGGAGGACCCGAAGAAGAAGAAGAAGAAAAAGAAAAAGCAGAAGAAGAAGAAGAAGCACGCGUGUAAGCAUUACAGUUCGGAGGUCGGCAAGGAUUUCAUGGAUCGGCACUAGACCCUCCCUGACGGCGCCCGUGGCUCGUUCCGCACCGCAGGGAAGGGGGUUCCAGCGCCGAUCGAAAAGAUCCGCACAGACCUCCGAAAGUGCCUGCUCUCGCCGCUUCGUCUUCGUCGAAGGACGAUCUCCUAUCCCUCCCUCGCCGCCGACGAGGAGGACGCGGAGGAGGACUACUUCGGCCCCCAGCGCAGCAUGACGAUGGUCUGGGACGACGACCUUCCCGAGGACCAUGGCAUCACGUCGACGGAAGCAACCAUGAGCCUCAUCACGGCGAUCAUCGGCGCGGGUAUAAUGGCAUUACCUCAGCUGCCAGUGGCAGGCGGACUGGUUUUCUGCGUUGUCCUCAUGUUCGUGACUGCGGCCGCUACGAUGGAGGCUGGCAGUGCCUUCUUCCGAAGUACGAUGGCCAACAAUAUCGUUGUCGGUCGCGGCUUGAAGUUCUCGAGCACGUAUAUCCAUACCUACGAAGAUUUCGGUCGCGCGGCUUAUGGCCCAGCUGGCGAGAAAUUGAUACGAUUUUUUCUGGUAAUUUGGUUCGUGGGCGGAAGCUGCGGCUUCGUGAUUCUAAUGGGCCAGAACGUGCAGAACAUUCUGGCGCCUGUCGUUUCCCUAAGCUACCGUAUCUGGGUCCUCCUUCUUGCCCCGCUGCUCUGGUUUUUGGCUAUGAUGCGAGACGUCAGCGCGAUUGCGAAGUUAACGCCGCUUGGUGUCGCGUCCGCGUUCGGGUCAUGCAUCAUAAUCGUGUCUUGCAGCAUCAUGGACAUGAAAGUCUGGGAGGAAUGGCCAGAACAGGAUUUGAAAGAGCUCCACAACAUGUGGCCAGCCGGUGGCCUCCUGUCGCUUGGGAGUUUGACAGCCACAGUAUUUGGUGCAUUUGCUUGCAUCGCCAAUGUACCGUCGAUCAUGGACGAGAUGAAAGAGAAGCAACGCCUCAUGAGGUCCUUCAGGUCUGCAAUCAUCAUUGUCACGGCACUGUACAUCGGCGUCAUGGUGAUGGGGUACCAUGCUUACGGGAAUUUCAUCCAGUCUAAUUUAGUGGACUCUCUAACAUACCAUCCCGCGAAUUGGGAGGAGGCUCAAACUCUGAAGCCUAAAGACUGGACCGGCAGCGAGAGGAUCAUCUUGCCGACAGCUAUGUCGUUUUGUGUGGUGGUAAAUCUGAUCAUCAGCUACCCGCUGAUUUUGGCACCUGUUUUUCUCGCCUUUCAGGGAACGACCUACGGGAAAGAGAACAUGAAGGUGGGAACCACCAUGAACUACGUAAUGCGCACUCUUGUUGUGGCGUUCACCAUAGGAGUCCCACUUUUGAUCACGGAGUUCAGCCUCGUGUUCAAUUUGUUCGCCAGCAUUUGCGGCCCAGUACUUGGAGUGGUGAGUCCAAUAAUCUUCGGCUGGAUGAUUCGCAAGGCGGUCAAGGCCAAGCCUUCUGGCUUUGGGCGCACCAUUUGGCAUGGGUUUCUGAUGCUGCUGUCAUUAUUCUGCAUCGCUGUCGGGCUCAUGGAUUCUACGCAAAACCUCAUUGCCUCAUUCAGCAACUAAGAUCCCUCGGGGAAGUGAUCGAGGUUGGAACCGCGGUGCAGCGGUAAUCAUUUUAGCCUGCGCCACAGGUCGCGGAGGUGGACGGGGAGAAAGGGAAGUAGGAGGAGAACGGAGCCUGGACGCGGGGGCUUUCCUCAAGACGAGACCUAUGAUGUUCCAACCUGCUUUUAGCCUUGAGAGCCAGCGACUUUAUACACCGCCACCCUCCUUGAGGUACACGCAUCGGAGGGAAUAUCUGCAUCUAUGUCGCCGCGCCGUUUGUUCCGACGCGCGACUUUCCGUCUUUGAGAGGGCGCCGUGGGCGCAAGAGCAAACGCCGCCUCGGGCGCGGUGGAUUCGCCGUGGGUUCGCCGCGGCGCCGGCGUCGUCCACUCGGGCGCGGGGCGCAGGGCCUGCCGCGGGUUUGCUGUGUCGGCGUUGUAACAUUUGUCGCGUCGAGAACAAACAGCGUGGCGUCGACAACUUUCGUGGCGUAAGUCUCGAGAGACUGUCGGUGCGAUGGGUUCUCCCAGGGGGGUGUGGAGCACAGUGGCGCAGCUACGGCAUGCUCGCUAGGGCAGGCUGCCGCACCGUGCACGUGGCGGCGAGCCUGACAUGUCACAUACGGCGAACGUCAUUUAUAUGUUUGCUGGCAUUUGGGAAGUCAGCCGCUGGCAAAGCUCUGCGCAGCGACCAACCAGGGUAGCGGCAUACCGGCGAGGCAGAUUCAAGCAGCCGGGCUUACUAUUCUGGCGUGUCUGUUCGCAUCAUCGGAGGUUUUGCAUUUUGAUCGAUCGUUCAAUAUUUAAUCAGUCUUGCCGUUGGCGCAACGUAUGGUGCCACAUGGUUUGACACUUUGUGUUUUUAGGGGAAGAUGCGGUGCGAGAUCAUUGCGCAGUGACCAACCAGGGCGGCGGCAUACCCGCGAGGCUUUUUCGAGCAGGCGGGUUUGCUACCUUGGCGCGUCUUCUUGCACCCGCCCCCUGCAGGUUUAUCCGUCAGUUGGCCCCUCAGCAUUCCUUUUGGGAUUGUAGACCGAUCUCAGUUUUGUGCCACCCUGGCUUCCUAAACAAAACAGUCCCGGCGAGGACCAUCUCGGCGAGGGCCAUUGAUGAGUCUUGGGUUCGCAACGGUCUUCCCCCUCGUUCUUCCCCAUUCCAUUUCCUUAU